UCUACGUUGCUGGCAACUGAUUUUCAGAACUGAAGCAAUAGAGGUCGGGUAACUACUGUUUUUUUUCUCUCCAGCAUAAACCGAAUAACGGAAAGAUAGAUGAAAGAGGCAUGCGCAAUGUAAAGAUAACUUUUUCGAGACGCCAUUGCAUGUGAGAUUGUAGUUUGAAGAUUUAUCCUCACCGAUAGAAACCCAACGCACCAAAUAGGUAAUAGAACUUCAAGCCCCAGGAACCGUUCUCUCCUCCUUUUCUCUCAGAACCAGUGGGAGUAGUCACAGCUGGGAGGAUAAUAAGAUGCGCAUGAAUCUGGCAACCACGAAUAGACGACAAGAGAAAGUUUCAAAAAGUAGAGAACUGGGUUGUGAGUCUUAGCACGCUUUUAGACAGUCCUGCAAAUGCAUAUGUUACAUUGUUGCUCAUUUGUAUGAUUUAGCCAAAAGGCGAAUGAGCGUGAAUAUUUUUUUCUGUGUGAUUCGAUUGUUGGAGUUUUUGGAGAAGUUCCUGCUGUCCACUGGCCAUGAAUCCAACGACGUCUUUUGAAGAAAGUGGAGGUUUCCUGUGGCCAGGGCAGAUAUGUGACUCUAGUACUGUGAGGGGACACCAUUCAAGAACAUGAAGUUUGGAAUGGUGACCGCCUCUUGCAGUGAGCGUUGGGGAAUCAAUCUCGGACGACCGGAGCAUCCACAGUAUCUCAGCAGUGCAAACUGCACACAUCUCUUGCCCUAGAGAGAGAGCUGAGGCCAUUUAGUGGAAUCAUCAGGCUUUGUCCGUGAAUUGAUUGCCAGGCAUGUGAGCAGUCAGUGGGGAUGAGCGUUUGACUAUUGCUAUUGGCUAACACGCGAUACUUUGAAGACCUUGCAUUUCAUAUCUCCUAGAAUGAGGGUUGAAUGUUUCUUCAGACUUGUGUAUGUUCUUAGUACUUCGGUGGUGCCUGAUUUAAAAAGGCAUCACUGACAACUACAAUACUUUACAUUUCGGCAUCAUCAUCUCUGCCAUUGGAAGAAACCCAAUGUCUGCCUGCAGCAGCUCAGCUCCUCCGUCCUUUCCCAAAGCCUACCUCCACUCACAAAUCCCAGCUGUGCCUCUGACCCCCUCACCAUCGCCGAGCCCCCCGGGACCCCUCUACAGCCGCCUGUCCAACGGGAGUCACGGGAGUCACACUCACAGCGCUCCCAGCCCCACUAACUCCCGCAGCUCCUUCCAUGGAGUGUCCUUCCUCCUCCAGAUUGGCCUGACCAGGGAGAUGGUGAACCUGGAGAACCAUGACCUGUCGCUGUCUGCUGUCAAAGACCUGGUCUGCUCUAUAGUCGACCAAAAGUUCCCAGAGUGUGGCUUCUUUGGCAUGUAUGACAAAAUCCUGCUCUUCCGCCAUGACUUGAACUCUGAGAACAUCCUCCAGAGGCUGACGUCAGCAGAGGAUAUCCACGAGGGAGAUCUGAUAGAGGUGGUGCUCUCUGCUUUAGCCACAGUAGGGGACUUCCAGAUCCGGCCUCAUGCUCUAUAUGUCCACUCCUACAAAGCGCCCACCUUCUGUGACUACUGUGGGGAGAUGCUGUGGGGCCUCGUCCGCCAGGGGCUCAAAUGUGAAGGUUGUGGGCUGAACUACCACAAGCGCUGUGUCUUCAAGAUCCCCAACAACUGCAGUGGGGUGAGGAAGAGACGUCUGUCCAACGUGUCCCCGCCGGGCCCCUCGCUCUCAGUCCCCCGGCCCCUCCCUGGUCCCACAGAACAUGCUGUGGUCGUCCUGGAGGAGCAGCGCUCCCACCAGGAGGCAGGGAAGAGGAUCCUGUCGUGGAGUGGCCGGCCCAUCUGGAUGGAGAAGAUGGUGCUGGGACGAGUCAAGGUGCCUCACACCUUCGCCAUCCACACCUACACCCGGCCAACCAUUUGUCAGUACUGCAAACGUCUGCUCAAGGGCCUGUUCCGCCAGGGCAUGCAGUGCAAAGAUUGUAAAUUCAAUUGCCAUAAGCGGUGUGCAUCAAAGGUACCAAGAGACUGCUUGGGCGAGGUUUCCUUCAAUGGAGAGCCUGCCAGCCCAGGGCCUGACUCUGACAGUACCAUGGAGGUGGAUAGUAGUGAUGUGGAGAGCACCAGAGGACUACUGGAUGACUCUGAGGAACCUUCAACCCCAGAACACAAGAUGUUCUACAUAGACUCUCCUUUCCUGGACCGCGAGAAGGACGAGGAGCCCAUCAAGACCAUCAGCCCAUCCACCAGCAGUAACAUCCCUCUGAUGCGGGUGGUCCAGUCCAUCAAACAGACCAAGAGGAGGAGCUCCACCAUGGUGAGGGAGGGCUGGAUGGUCCACUACACCAGCAGAGACAACCUGAGGAAGAGACACUACUGGAGACUGGACACCAAGAGCCUCAGCCUGUUCCAGAACGACACUGGAGCCAAGUUUUAUAAGGAGAUCCCUCUCUCAGAGAUCCUGCAGGUGGAACAGUCGAGGGACCUCAGUAGCCUAGCCCAGGGCAGCAACCCACACUGCUUUGAAAUCAUCACCUCCACCAUGGUCUACUACGUUGGAGAGAACAACGGGGGCCAAUACCACAGCCCCGCUCUGACAGCCUCAGGCGUGGGAAUGGAGGUGGCCCAGGGCUGGGAGAAGGCCAUCCGUCAGGCCCUGAUGCCUGCCACACCCCAGCCCAGUGUGGCCACCGCAGCCAGGCAGGGGAAGGACCACAAACAAGAGGUGUCUAUCAGCAUAUCUGUGUCCAACUGCCAGAUACAGGAGAAUGUGGACAUCAGCUCUGUGUACCAGAUCUUCUCUGAUGAGGUGCUAGGAUCUGGACAGUUUGGGAUUGUGUAUGGAGGGAAACACAGAAAGACUGGAAGAGAUGUGGCAAUCAAGGUGAUUGACAAGAUGAGGUUUCCUACCAAGCAGGAGAGCCAACUGAGGAACGAAGUGGCCAUUCUCCAGAACCUUCACCAUCCUGGUAUCGUCAAUCUGGAGUGUAUGUUCGAAACGCCUGAGAGGGUGUUUGUUGUCAUGGAGAAACUCCAUGGAGACAUGCUGGAGAUGAUCCUGUCCAGUGAGAAGAGCAAGCUCCCAGAACGCAUCACCAAGUUCCUGGUCACACAGAUCCUGGUGGCUUUGAGACAUCUGCAUUUCAAGAACAUCGUCCACUGUGAUUUGAAGCCCGAGAACGUGCUGCUGGCCUCAGCAGAACCCUUCCCACAGGUUAAACUGUGUGACUUUGGCUUUGCCCGUAUCAUCGGUGAGAAGUCGUUCAGGCGUUCGGUGGUGGGUACUCCGGCCUACCUGGCCCCAGAGGUGCUGCGUAGUAAGGGCUACAACCGCUCCCUGGACAUGUGGUCUGUGGGGGUCAUCGUUUACGUCAGCCUCAGCGGGACAUUCCCCUUCAACGAGGACGAGGACAUUAACGACCAGAUCCAGAACGCUGCCUUCAUGUACCCACCCCAGCCAUGGAAGGAGAUCUCUGCAGACGCUACAGAUCUCAUUAACAACCUCCUACAAGUGAAGAUGAGGAAGCGGUACAGUGUGGACAAGUCCCUCAGCCAUCCUUGGCUACAGGACUACCAGACGUGGCUGGACCUCAGGGAGUUUGAGACACGGCGUGGCGAGCGUUACAUCACCCACGAGAGUGACGAUGUGCGCUGGGAGGAGCAUGCAGACGAGCAUAGCCUGGUCCACCCUAAACACUUCAUUAUGGCGCCCAACCUGGACGAUAUGGAGGAGGGGCCCUAGUGGCCAGGAGGCCAGGUUACAGGUGUGGCCAAGAGGAAAACAUCAGUAACCUCUGCAGGUUGUUGACCUUUGGAAGCAUUCCCUCUAAAACUGGUUGGGAAAGGGUCAGACACCCCUGUGCAGGGACUGUGUGACAGGGGAUUCUGACCCAAGACUGUGGUUAGACAUACUGCCACAGGGAGCAGACAGGUGGCUCUGGGGUGGCCCCUGUUUCUUUAGGACACCGCAGUGGAACCAAAAACUUUGGGAGAGAGACAUUUCUUUUUUUUUCUUUUUCUUUUCUUUUUUCUUAUCUUGUAGAAUCAUUCCAGCUCAACUUCAUUGGUCCUUUUGGGAAAAGCAUCAUUAUUAUAAACCAAAGGACAAUUAAAGUUGAAGGGAUAUAAUUUCCUUAACAUUAGGAGUGAGUAAUGGUAUGCCAUUCUACCUGGGAAGGGCUUACAGAUUAGUGAGUUUAAAGGGCACUUAUCACAAGGGAUUUGUAUCCACAGAAAGAUUGGAAUGCGUAGGUAUUUGCAAACACAACUUUGUGCUUAUUCCAAGACAGUUUUGAAACCAUGUCCUUUGACAGUAUGAAACUGGAGCUAUCAUUUGCAUGUAGAUGUUGUACUUUACUAAUGGGAGGUAGAUUUUUGCACUAUGCUACCAUCAAGUCCAACCAUUUGAAAAGUUAAAGCUGCUACAUCAGGUUCCCUAGAGAGAAUGACAGAAUGACAGAAAGUGUUGACUACAACAUAACUUAAAGUUUGUGCUAAGAGUUUGAUACAGUAAUGCCUAGGUGAGUAGCAUAGAGAUUGUGAAAAUGGCUACAAUGCAAAGCCUUUAGUAGAGCACCUGUCAUAAACAGUGAGCAAGUAAAUCAAAAGGCGCAGGGACCAAAGACUGAAUCCAGCUAAUUGAUAUUAUUCAUCUUCAAUUUCCCUCUCUUCUCAUGACCAAUAACUCAUCUGUUUUUCUAAUGGCUGUCUUAUCAUUGUGGUUCACUCUACUUCGUUGUCUAGAAAGUGGCUUGACUAUUGUACAUUCCAAGCAGGGUUUGAGCCAAACCUGGUGAUGGGGCCACUACCCCUCAAGGUAUUAUAGUAGCUAUCUACAGUUGAAGUCGGAUGUUUACAUACACUGAGGUUGGAGUCAUUAAAACUCAUUUUUCAACCACUCCACAAAUUUCUUGUUAACAAACUAUAGUUUUGGCAAGUCAGUUAGGACACCUACGUUGUGCAUGAUUACAAGUAAUCUUUCCAGCAAUUGUUUACAGACAAAUUAUUUCACUUAUAAUUCACUGUAUCACAAUUCCAGUGGGUCAGAAGUUUACAUACACUAAGUUGACUGUGCCUUUAAACAGCUUGGAAAAUUAUG